AUGGGUCAAGCCAUUCGAAGAUUGCACGACGGGCGCGACAUCCUGCCCACUCCCCCUGCCCUGCCCACUCUUCGAGACGGGGCGGACAGCGCGAAGGCGAGCGAGUGGAUAGACGCAUUCAAGCACAAGGACAUUCCCAAGGGCGUCGUCGAGUUUACAUAUUCACGGAGUUCUGGUCCAGGAGGACAGAAUGUCAACAAAGUGAAUACAAAGGCAACUCUGCGCGUGCCCCUGUCAUCCCCGUGGAUUCCUAUGUGGGCACGCGAUCAUAUCAAAGCAACCCCCGCAUAUGUCUCGUCCUCGCAGUCAAUACUGAUAACUUCGACUGUCUUUCGAUCCCAAGCUCAAAACGUGGAGGACUGUCUCCUCAAGCUGCGAUCUCUGGUUUUACGCGCGGCGGCGGCCGGGCUGGUCCAUGAGGCCUCGGAAGAGCAGAAAGAGCAUGUCCGGAGGCUGGAAAAGGCAGAAAAGACACGCCGAAGAGCGGACAAGGAGAAGCGAAGCAUGACGAAACGCACUCGGUCCAACCAAACCUGGGAUUAG